AGGGAAAGGGACUAAGCUGAGCAAUACUUAAGGGGAACGGUGAGAGCGGAGGGUGCGCUCAAGUAUAGGAAUUCCUCGCGCCCCGGAGAACUGCAACCAGGGGGCGGGGCUUAGGGCGACGUAACAGCUGCCGGUCUCUGCGUGCGCGUGCGCUGUGCGCACCUUCCCAGCGUGGUGUUCUGCUGCAACAUGGAGUUCAGCUCCGCGCGGCAGGCAAUACUGCAACUACUCCGAACCGUGGCUCCGGCAGACCUCCCCGCUCUGCUCGAGUGGAUGCGAACUUCCCGAGAUUUUGAUGAGUUCACUCACGAUAAUAAUGACAGUAUGUUGAAAAGCAUAGCAGAAGAUCUUCGGAAUCUCUUACCUCUAGAAACUAUGCUUUCCUCCGAACAUCUAGCCCUCCAAAAAAUACAGCAGCAGCCAGAACCCACAGUUCAUGUGGAUGCAUUCCUUUAUGAUGAAGAUGUUAUUGAUUCAUUAUGUGAGGAAGGAAAAAUGAGCAGAAACUACUGUGUGGUGUGUGGCUCAUACCAGACAGCACCUUUAGGUCAGUAUUCAAGAUUUAUUUCUCAUUCCUUCUCUCUCGUGGAAUUGAAGUUCAUUUACCAUCAUGUGCUCCCUGAUCUUUCGGGAAAGCUCUUGGUUGACGUCGGCUCCAGGCUUGGCUCAGUCCUUUAUGGGGUAAAGUCCAGCUUACGGACAUACUCAGCAUUUGGAAAAUACUUUCCUGCUAACAACAGUUUUGCCUGCCACCAUCCAAGUUCAGCAUUGCAACUGUAUGGAGUAGAAUUGAAUGGAGACUUUUGCCAAUUGCAGGAAAUGAUCAUAAAAAAAUACCAGUUCACUGACAGAAUAAAGGUGCUUCAUGCAGACAUCUGUACCCAGGAUUCACUUCUGCAAAAUGCUGAUGUUGUUAUAAUGAAUAAUGUCUUCGAAUAUUUUCUUGAUGAGGCAGAACAGGCCAGAGCCUGGGAAUGUAUCAGCCAUAACGUAAGGAAGCAAGGCUCAUUAUUGGUGACAGUGCCAAGCCUUGAAGAGUCUCUCUCAGGUCUUCAGGUUAGUAUACAGUUAUCUUCCUGGGUUGAAGAGAUACCACUGAACUAUAAUGUAUAUCCAGAAAAGGAUACUAACAGGGAAGCUUUUGAACAAAUACAUUUGUAUAAGAUUCUCUAGCACUAAAAUAGUCCUAUCACAGUAUAAUGGUUUUUGAGUAUAUUACAAAAUAACGAAAAGAAACGUAACCCCAAUACCCUAACACAUAUUUUUGUGUAUAUUCCUUUCUAGUCUUUGUACAUAUGUUCACAUAUUUAUAAAUAGUUGCAUUUGUAUAUUUGCAACUUUGAUUUGUGUGAUAAUUUAAUAAAAAUACUUAUCUG